AUGAAAACUAUUGCCCUCAUAUCUGGUGGGAAGGAUGGUAUCCUCUCAAUGCUGCUAGCGCUGCGGUAUGGCCACGAGCCUGUUGUGGUGGCAAACAUUGCCCCCAUGAGUAGCGAAGAAUCUCAAUCUGUGGAUGAAAUUGACUCCUACUCUUUUCAAACAGUAGGACAUGAAGUGGUAGAGUCUAUAGCUGUUUGUCUAAAAUUGCCUCUUCGUCGUGCUUUCAUUAAAGCUGGACAGUCAAAAGUUCAAGAGCUUCACUACACCUCUAACCGUGAUGAUGAGGAUGAAAUUGAAUGCCUUUAUCGUCUCCUUCGCUCUGUAAAGGAAGAGUUUCCAGAGGUUAGGGGUGUAACGACUGGUGCAAUUCUUUCACACUACCAACGAAACCGUGUAGAGGACGUAUGUAGUCGUUUAGGGCUAGAAUCACUCGCAUUUCUUUGGAAACGACCAGCAGAUGAAGUUCUUGAUAUAGUUUCCACAUUACAUGUGCGUGCUAUUCUUGUAAAGACUGCAUCCAUUGGUCUCAAUCCGAAGGUUCAUCUUGGUAUGUCUUUAGAGGAUGUGCGACCAGUUCUUGAUAAGGCACAAGAGAUGUAUGGUACCCAUAGUGCUGGUGAGGGAGGUGAGUUUGAAACUAUCGUACUUGACUGCCCUUUAUUUAAAGAACAGAGGUUGGAGGUUGUAUCACUUGAGCGUGUAAUUGUAGACGAUAACGAGUACUCUCCCUCUGGCCAUGCGAGGUUAAAGGUGAGAUUAAUUGAAAAAAAUGAUAAUGAAAAGAAUGCAGAUAUAGAGUUGUUAAAGAGUCUUCCGUCAUUAAUAUUCCCCUCAGAUCGUAUGAAAUUUCUUCCACGUGCAGAAAAUAUAUUACGAACUUCUUUUGAACUCUUGGAAUCAUCAGCAAUUCCCAUGUCAUCUGAAAAUGACAGUAAUUUCUGGGGACGCAUGUGCGAUACGUUUAAAAGUAAUAUUUACACUAAUUAUGAACAAUUGAUAGCUUCUUUGGUGAAUCUACUUAAGCGAAUCGUGGAAAAAAUGGAAGAAAGUAAACGUGAUAUAUUUUUCGUAUUGAUUUUUUCACCAUCCCUUGAUUAUUUGAAUGCCUUUAAGGAAGUGUUUACUCAAAUCUUUUCAGGUGUACGUCCACCUGGAUAUACUUUUGUUGAGAAAUCAGAGCUAACAGAACUCCGUUUCGAUGUGCUUUCAGCACCAACAUCUCUGAUUGAUCGCGCACUUUUGCAUGUUCGAAGCAUUAGCUGUUGGGGUGCUGCCUCAAUGGAUAUCUGCUCUACAUCAAAUGCUAUUACUAUUGAAAAAGAGCGACAUGUUCUUGUUAGUGGCUCUAUCGGACUCAUACCCGUUUCUCAACUUCUGGCAUCCGUUAAAGAUAUGCCGGAAUUAGAGACAGUGACGUUUUCACAUUUUUCUAAUAUUAUAAAGUUAGAAGAAGAUGUGAUUCGAGAAUUUAUUGUUCAAUUUGCUUUUACAUAUGCGAAUAGUGUUAUUGGGUUAACACAUUUUGGUGCUAAUGCAACAGAUGCAACACAUGCAACUUUUUUUCUAACAGAUAUGCGUUUUGCGCCACUAUUACCAUUUUUAUGGCAUUGGUGCACAAACUCCGUAUCUCGUCUCGUUUAUUUCGAUAUUAAUUUACAUCCUUGUGUCUCAACGGAUUCACUUGUUCUGUAUCGUGUAGUGCACGUUACUCGACUUCCCUUUGAUUCCGCAGUUGGGCUUAUACUGGAGCAACGUCUUUCUCUUUCAGAAGAUUAA